AAAAAAAAAAAAAAACAAAAAAGUCGUCAUCUCACCCUUCUUCAGGGGCGGGGGUGCCUCUCGCCUUUUUUCAUUUCUUGCGCAAAAUUGCACGCGCUCGCUAUGAUGAUAAAUAACGCUCCGUUUUGGCAGCAGGCCGAGGAGAAUAUCCUUGUUUUCAUGUCGCACAAAGUCCCCAUUAUCGGACGGGAUGCCGACUUUUCCAAUCAUGGCGUAGCGCUACUUGUCUGAGUUUCUCAUGUCAGGGACUAGGACAACGGGGACCCUUUAGCAACGAUCAACGCCCUGUGUGUCAACUCAGAUGUGGUAGGACGGACGUCUAGGACAAUGUGGCAAAUUCCUCCCCAUGGUCAUUUUUGUUGUUGUGAGCUAGUCCACGACUCCGCAGAUAUCGACUACCAAUCGUCCCGUUCCUCAAAACAUUCAACCCCAUAUUUUGAGGCAACGGUACAGGCGAAGUUUCUUGCGGAAAUACGGCAUGUUUCCUCUUCUCAAAUACUAGGGUCUGGCCAGAGAUAAAAUCUCCAUGUAAGCAAGCCACCAUGACUGCAACGACCAAAAAAAAAAAAAAAAAAAAAAAAAAAAAAAAAACCUUGCCCAUAGGUUGGACACGCAUAUCCAUGAUUCGAUCUGGCAUCAAAGGAGAACGGGCAAUUAGAGAAAAACAGGAAACCCCCCCCCCUCCUUCAAAGGUGUGAGGGAUAGAAGGUGUAGGAACCAGAGACCUUCGAUCACCAAGGGCGAAUCAGAAGCUCUGCGUAGCCUUUUUUUGUGCUCCAAGGAGAAGCGGUAGAUAUCGCUGCUCGGGAUGAAGUCAAAAGGGCGCUAAAUAACCCAUCCCUGGAUGUUGGUAAACGGGGAGCGGCUCGUCGCCGAUUUAUGUAGCAGUUCUUAAACAGUGGGGCUGCCCGUUGCUUCUCCACCACAAUGUCGUUGCUGCUUGCUUGCUAGCUUUGUUGAGAUCUGGGGAAGAUGAUUUGCUUUUUUUUUUUUUUUUUUUUUUUAGCUGGUUGUGGCUGGAACACCGAAGCAUGAAGUUAGUUACGAGGUGACUAAGCCACCACCAUGCCCACUGAGCCGCAUCUUGCGCCAAACCAAACCUCCGUUCCAACAGCAUCAUCACUCCUGCAAGCGGUCUUCAAGCGGCUCCAACAGCUCCAUUCUUCGGAUACCGCCUAGCGAGGAUCCUGUGUCAAUCCUGUAGGGUUCCCUUGGGAUUUCUUCCUCAUAGAUUCCACUCAGGUAGCUCCCUGCGCACCGACUCACCAGGUUUAUAUUCGCACCUUCGGACUAGACCCUUUAGAUAUUAUCACGGCCACUUCGUGUCUUUGUCCGCCAACCCUCCAUCUCGAGAUACUACUGAUCACUACCACUACGCCAGCUUUCUAUAUCAUCAGCUUCUCCUUGCUAGUAUACAUUAUUAAUUAUUAUACCGGGGCAGCACCAGACACGGGCUACGGUCUGGAUUUGAAUGCAGAUCCCUCGGGACGAAGCGAGCCGAUACCUACCCGUUUUAUUGAAUGACGUCGGGCGUUUCUGUUUGAACGAAGUCGGAAAAUAAGAAGCUUAAGUACGGAAACCGUGCAAAACAGCAAAUCAACGUUGAAAACCACGCCAACGGUUAUCGAAAAAGAUGGCGUCCGCCUCGUUUCGUGACUCCAUGAAUUCCAUGGGAUGGGCACGGAGGGAACCGGAUACCGCAUCUACAAAUCGCACAGCCUCGAACUCUGUAUUCUCGAACCUUCAAUCACUUAACCCUUUUGCGAAUCGGGGUUAUGUUCAGCUUCCUGCGCAAGACGAUUCAGCUGCACCCUUACCGGCCCCAACAAGGCGAGAAGAGGACGAAACAUGGUUUUCAUUGACUCGAUGGGACCGAAUGCUGAUAUUUGCUGGGUGUAAUAUUGGUGCUCUUGUCUGCUUUAGUAUAUGCAUAGGGCUCAUAUUAUUCCCUCUAAUGUUCAGGGCACGGAAGUUUGCAGUUCUGUGGUCUGUGGGAUCCGUCCUCUUUCUCGCCUCCUGGGCUGUUCUCAUGGGACCUGUGGCAUAUGUCAAGCAUUUAGCAUCCGGGCCUCGCCUUCCGUUCACCGGCGCAUACUUCGCAUCGAUCGGCUUGACUCUCUACUUUGCUAUCGGACUCCACUCCACACUUCUCACCUUGAUAUCCAGCAUUUUUCAACUCGUCGCGCUCGUUUGGUAUCUCGUGAGUUAUUUCCCCAUGGGCAGCACGGGCUUGAGACUAGCAACGCGAGUUGGGGGAGGUAGGGUUGCGGCUUGGAUGAGUGAUUGAGGAAAUAGAGGCAAGAGGGAGAGAAUGUGAAAGCGAGGGGCAGCGUAAUGAAUGCAAAUGUAAUACUACUUUCGAAUUUUUCCCUUCGAGCUGACAUGCUCUUCUUGCAAAGGCUACGUUUACUAAACCAUCCUAUAGUUUCUAUAUACCCCUGUUAUUGCUCAUUUGCCAUCCAUUUAUCUUCCUCAUUUCCUUUCCAGUAUUGUUUUCUGUUAAACGGUUGGAAUGGGGUAAACGCUGCUCCCAUACUACAAUUUUGGAUGGGGAUUUCCUUUUCUUUUUCUCUUUUUCUCCUUUUCUCCUUUUUGCUCCGACAUCCUCAUGUUCCCCCUUUGCCAUAAUGGAUUUGGUAAAUUCGCGAUACCUUUGAUAGACAGGCACAUACACACAUACAUACAGCACCAAUACAUAAAAAAUCGUGACUGUCCCAA